AUGAAGUUGCUGGGAGAUGGCGAGGGCACCGACGAAGAUGGAGAGCUCCCAUCCAUCUUCUCCCCUCCUCCCGAACGCGAUUGUGCCGUCGACCUGAAGAAGAAGCAGAAGGCUCGCAACAACAAAAAGAUGGAGCAAGGUGCUAGCAAGAAGCCGACAGACUCCGCCAAGCCGGCUCAGAAGGGUCCUGCCAGCGAGCCACCACUUCGGACAGUGGGCGUGCACCCUCGUCGACGUGAAGACGGCGAUGUGGGGGAAGGCGAAGAGGAGAGCGUGGACCGGCAUCAGCUCAGCUAUCGACCGAUGCGCGCCGACUGGAAUGCGCUGCGCGAGAAGCAGCACCAGAGGAAGAGAGAGCACGACAACAACAACGACCACAACCACCGCCACCACAGUCAUCAGCCCCGCCUGCAGGCCGAGGAAACCCAGAGGGAGCCGCGCCGCAAAGCUGCGUCGCUCCAACGGCCCAUACUGCGGGAGAGCGACCGUCUCCUGCGUGAGCACGAGACACGAACGGGCCGCACUUCGUUCUCGCACGAAUCGCCGAGGCCUCCUCGUGACAGUGAAGAACAAGAUGGCUUCAAUGACGACGGGGAUAUGAGCCUGCUGGUCGCGCAGACGGCACUUAUUCUGACGUUCAGUUGGGAGGACCCGCGGACCGAAGCGGCAACGUGGGAAGAACUGCUGCUGCAGCGCAAGAUACCCAACAAGGAAGGCGGCAAGAGUAUUCCCCUGUGGGAAGCCAACGAAACGCUGCCGAUGGAGGUGGGCGAACUCGCACCACAGUUUAGGAAGCGCCUGGGCUGGAAGGAACAUCAUCCGGAGCGAAAUGGUCGCACUCUCGACGUGUGGCGAUCACGAACGCUCAAGCUCACGGCCGAAGCCAAGCGACAGCUGUUCUCCUCGGCCAAAUUGUGGGGCCUGCAGGUGCGCGCGACGGAUGGAGAAGAGGGCGAGGACAGCGCGACCGAGACGGAGUACAAAGUGCCCAAGGCCCGCAAGCUUCGCUCGCACCACGCAGCCAAGCGCUCAUCGAUCGUGUGCGACCUGGCCAUCACCGACAUCCAGGUGGUUCUCUACCCUCUGGGCACGGGACUGCUCGUCUUGGAGGUGGAUUGGCUGCCACCGAAUCCAUCUGGCAAGCUGCACGGCGUCACUUCCAUCGAUGAGCUGCGGACCUGGCUCUUCCUCUCCAAGUUCAGGCACCGCGUUGAGAAUGUGCUCGAAGGCUGGACAUUCCCUAGUCCAGAGGGGCUCGACACGACGGUCACCAACGCAGUUGUCGAUGAGAGCGAAGAAGAAAAAGAGAACGAAGAAAAGAAAAGCAACGAUGCCAAGGAGGACAAGAAGGAGAAAGAAGACAAAGGGGCGAGCGGCAAGGGCAAGCAAAAGGACGAUGAUGACGACAGCAGCAGCGACGACCUCUCUUCACCGGACGAGGAUUCGGCGAAAGAGAGGCGCAGGCUAAAGGAGGCCAAAAAAGAGCGAAGGAGAGAGAAGCGAAGGCGGAAAGAACUGAAACGGGCCAGAGAGCGCCACUUGCGCAGCUUGGGCAGAAUGGCCGGCGCGGUGUACGGAGAGGACCCGAUCACCUUGGGCUCGCUGGGCAAUUGGCUGGUCCUCCUCCCCGACGAGAACCCUGCCAACCCGCCGCCACGAAUCAAUCGUGGGCAGGCGCUGAGCGAGUACCUUUUCCAUCUGCGACGCGGAUUUGGACAGCUGAACCGACCGCCGCCAGAGGGCAUGGACUACGGCCGUGACAAGAUUCUCGUGCACCGCAAGAACCGCUACAUCGGCCUAUCUCGGGAAGGAACGGUUUGCAUCAGCUGGCCGACGUCGGCGGAGAACCGCUACUUCGACGUACAAACGUGGCCCAAGCUGUUCCAGGGCAUCUACCUCAUUCUCGGCAUGCAGGCGCAUGCCGAGAGCGCGGUGCUGUCGGAGCUGGGCUAUCUGUCGAUGGGUCAGGCCGACAUGCUGCGUACAGACACCUCCUUCGACGAGAUGGAAAAAUAUCGCUUUCAGUUGCGCGAGCUGGUACACAACAUGCCCCAUUUCCCUUCCUCCGAGGUCGAGGCCGACUGGCGCAUUGAAACGCUGACUCACUUCUUUUCGGAUCUUCGGCAUGUGCUGGGCACACCGUCCGCCAAGCAAGAGAUCCGCGAACAGAUCGACGACGUGCUGGCCAUCGUAGAAUCGCAGUACAUGGAGGAGCAAAAGAAGAUCAAGAGACGAGAAAUGGUGGAGCAGAUGGAGCAGCUCGUACGCAAGAAGGAGUCGGGGAAGACGAAGGAGGCCAAACGACGGCGGUUCGAGAUUGCUGUUGCCGCGAUCACGGCCAUCACCCUGCCCAUCCUCAUGGCGGCCGGUCUUUUUGGAAUGAACGUGCCCAAUCUACCAGAAUGGGACUUCUGGCCGUUGGUGGGCGGCUUGGUCGGCAUCAGCUUCUUGUUGCUGAUCGUCUUGCUGGUGCUGUGGUGGUUCGCCUUCCGCAAUAAGACCAAGGCCAAGGAACAGAACCGAAAGAUCAAGGCACGCGGCUCAGAGCUGGUGCGCAAGAGCAUGGAGUGGAACAGCCGCAGUCGAUUUUCGAUGGGCACCCGGCCAUCGGAAGACCACCGCCCCACCUCUAUCGACCUUCGACGGGGCGACCUUCAAUACCAUCACGAGGAGGACGAGCGACGCAGGACGCAGAGCUUCUCACUCGACCGCUCCGCCAUGGCCGCAAAGAAGGGCUCCAACCCCUGGCGCUCCUGGAAGUGGGGACGUGAGUGA